AUGCGCAACGUAGAAAUAAAAGCCGUUGUUCAUGAUAUGGAAAAAAUCUGUAAGAUCGCUGAGGAACUUAGCGGCGGUCCACCAGAAAUAAUACAUCAGGAUGAUACGUUCUAUAAAACGAAUAAUGGUAGACUUAAAAUGAGAAUAUACGCUGAUAAGUCAGCUACACUCGUACGAUACAGCAGAAGCGACGUUUCUGGUCCAAAGCUAAGUGAUUACGAUCUUCUUGAAUUUUCUAAUAAUGAAACAGAAACAAUAAAACAAUUGGAUGAUAUCCUGCGAAAGUGUAUGGGAGCUAGAGGGAGAGUUGUAAAAGAACGAAAACUCUACAUGGUCGGUCAAACUCGUGUUCAUAUCGACAAAGUCGAGGAUUUGGGUGACUUCAUGGAAAUAGAAGUAGUUCUAUGUCCAGAACAAACACUUGAGGAAGGUCAGGAUAUAGCUAAAGAUAUACAAACAAAGCUCGGAGUGAGAGACGAAGAUUUAAUACAAUGUGCAUAUGUUGAUUUGUUAGAAAAGAAAUCUGUUUAG